UCUCUCUCCGUUCUUAUCGAUAAAGUCCAAACAUGGCGCAGUGAACCCAUUCAGCCAUAGCCACACAUGCGCACAGAGUUUCUUUAAUGAUUCUCAAUCUCUCACUCUCAUUCUCAUUCUCAUUCACUUCUAUUCUAUCCAGAAUCGCUAAAAGAGAUCAUCAUAAACCGUUGAAUCGUAUAUAUAAAUAUGUAUAUUUGUAUGUGUAUAUGAGUCAGUGAAGGUAUUAACCGGACAAAAGAGAGAGUUACAGCUAUAGAAAUGGGGACGGGGUCGUCUAAAGAUACAGACGAGGCUUCUCAUGGAAGCGAUGGACGAGAAGGGGAAAAUUUAGACCAGGCAGGUGGUCAACUCUAUGUGUCGUUGAAAAUGGAGAAUUACAAGCUCAAGAAGGAGCUCAUUCCUCAUGUAUAUGGCUCCGUUCCGCUUAUUGGUUCUUGGGAUUCUUCUAAAGCUCUCACUAUGGAGCGGGAAUCGGCCUCAAUGUGGGAAUUGAGCUUCGUUGUUCCUCCAAAUCACGAAACAUUGGAUUUCAAGUUCCUUUUAAAGCCAAAAAACAGCAAUGCACCUUGCGUGGUUGAGGAAGGAUCAAAUCGUCAGCUUAUUAGGGGCACCUUGCAAGGGGAUGCAAGAGUGGCUCUAUUUAAGCUAAAUGGAGAUGAUGUUCUGGAGUAUCGAGUGUUCAUCAAAGCAGACAGGGUAUCGCCAUUCGAUCUUGCAGCCAGUUGGAGGGCCUAUCAAGAAAAUCUUAGGCCUUCGUCUGUUCGGGGGAUUCCUGAUGUCAGAAUAGAUUCAGUGCCAGAGAUCAGUGUUGAGAAUGGAUCUUCAGCUAGCUUGGAGCUUGAUCUUGAACAUUAUGUUGUACCAGCUCCAUCAACUUCUGCCAAUUCAGGUUUGGUUUAUGCAGCUAACAUGACAGAGACUCCAAGGUCUUUAACCCUUACUGGAGUAUUUUCGAAAGCUGAUGGGUCUAGCAGUGCUGCGAUAUCCUUCAAAGAUGGUGCUGGUGUGUCUGCAGAUCGACCUUCACCAAUUAAGGAGAUGGAGGUUGUUGUCCCAGACCCGUCCAAGGUGUAUGUAUCUUCUGGGAUGGUAGAAUCUAAGUCAGUGGGAACGCUUUCACCUUUGCAAAAGCAAGAUAGUCACAGGGGCCUCUUUGUCGACAGAGGUGUUGGUUCUCCUAGGCUGGUUAAAUCGUCUAGUGCUUCUACUUUCUCUUUUGAUCUCAAACUGGACACAGAAGCAAAGAAUUCAAUGCCAGCAGCUGCUGGAGCUGUUGCAGCAGCAGCAGUAGCUGAUCAAAUGCUUGGACCAAAGGAGGAUAAACAUUUGGCAAUUGUCUUGGUUGGUCUACCUGCUCGUGGCAAAACUUUUACUGCAGCUAAACUUACUAGAUACCUACGCUGGUUAGGUCAUGAUACCAAACACUUCAAUGUUGGAAAGUAUCGGCGUCUGAAGCAUGGAGCUAAUCAGUCUGCUGACUUUUUCCGCGCUGAUAACCCUGAAGGCAUUGAAGCCCGGAAUGAGGUAGCAGCCCUGGCAUUUGAUGACAUGGUUUCCUGGAUGCAAGAAGGCGGCCAGGUUGGAAUAUUUGAUGCAACGAACAGUUCUAGUUAUAGAAGAAAUAUGCUGAUGAAAAUGGCUGAAGGAAAAUGCAAGAUUAUUUUUCUGGAGACAAUUUGCAAUGAUGAACGGAUCAUUGAAAGGAAUAUACGUCUUAAAAUUCAACAGAGUCCUGACUAUGCAGAAGAGCCUGAUUUUGAGGCUGGAUUGAUAGACUUCAAAACUCGGCUAGCUAAUUACGAAAAGGUUUAUGAACCAGUUGAAGAAGGAUCAUAUAUCAAAAUGAUUGAUAUGGUCAGUGGACAUGGAGGACAAAUACAAGUAAACAAUAUCAGUGGCUAUCUUCCUGGAAGAAUUGUUUUUUUCUUGGUGAAUACACAUCUCACCCCCCGCCCAAUCUUACUAACUAGGCAUGGAGAAAGUAGAGAUAAUGUUAGGGGAAGAAUUGGGGGUGACACUGCACUGAGUGAUGCUGGAGAGAUUUACGCAAAGAAGCUUUAUACUUUUGUCGAAAAGCGGCUGAAAUCUGAACGGGCUGCUUCUAUAUGGACUAGCACACUGCAGCGAACUAUUCUGACAGCGAGUCACAUUCCUGGAUUCCCCAAGAUACAAUGGCGCGCUCUGGAUGAGAUAAAUGCUGGAGUCUGUGAUGGGAUGACAUACGAGGAAAUAAAGAAAAACAUGCCAGAGGAGUACGAGUCGCGUAAGAAGGAUAAACUGAGGUACAGGUAUCCUCGUGGGGAAUCUUAUCUGGAUGUUAUCCAAAGGCUAGAGCCCGUAAUUAUUGAACUUGAACGGCAGCGAGCACCUGUUGUGGUGAUAUCUCACCAGGCAGUAUUGAGGGCAUUAUACGCUUACUUUGCCGAUAGGCCUCUUAAAGAAAUUCCCCAUAUCGAGAUACCACUUCACACUAUAAUAGAGAUACAAAUGGGAGUUGCGGGAGUCCAAGAGAAAAGGUACAAACUCAUGGACUAAGUAUUAUGUGGUCGCACGAAAUUUUUGGUUUGGAACUUUGGUGGGCAGUGCUGGAAACCUUCCAUUCUUAUUACUCUUCAUCCAUUAACAAAAAUGUAACUUCAGCAUACACAUUUAUAAAUGUCAAGCUGUAUCAAUAGCAAAAAUAAUUCAUCCAAAAAUUUCCUAAUUGUUCAUAAACAUUCUUUUUUCUUUUACAAACAUUGUGUCUCAGUUUUAGUGUAAGCUUUCUACUCAAGUAAAAAUAAUUCGAUUCAA